AUGGAAUUAUUGAAAGUGUUUUUUUAUUUCCUACUCCCUUUGAUUCUUCUCCAACUCCUCGUCCAAGUCCGGCGAAGCCGUUGUCUCCCACCAGGCCCCAUCUCGUUGCCGAUCAUCGGAAAUCUCCUCAGUCUAGGCGAUAAACCUCACCGGUCCUUGACUAGGUUGGCCCAAACAUAUGGCCCAAUUAUGUCAUUAAAAUUAGGUCAAUUGACUACCAUAGUAAUUUCAUCUCCAUCCAUGGCUCAAGAAGUCCUACAAAAACAAGACAUUUCAUUUUCCAAUAGGUUCAUUCCGGACGCUAUUCGUGCAUGCGAUGAAUACAAGCUCUCUAUUAUUUGGUUGCCGACAAACGAUCGAUGGCGGAGCCUACGGAAGCUCGCACACACCCACGUAUUCUCCGGCCGAGUACUUGAUUCCAAUCAACAUGUCCGUUGGAGGAAAGUGGAGGAGCUUAUGACCCACGUUCGAAAAUGCUGCCACCAAGGCGUGGCAGUUAAUAUUGGCAAGGAGACCUUUCAGACAUCGCUCAAUGUGCUUUCCAACAUUCUUUUCUCGGUUGACUUGGCCAAUUUCGAAAGCAACGAGGCCCAAGUCUUCAAGGACUUGGUUUGGAACAUUACGUUAGAGUCCGGGAAACCCAACUUAGUUGACUAUUUUCCAGCACUGCGCGCCAUCGAUCCGCAAAGAAUUCGCAAACGUAUGUCAUUAUAUUUUUCGAAGUUGUUGAGUUUGUUCGGUGAAAUUAUUGAUAAGAAGAUGGAAGCGAUGAAAGCCUGCUUGUCGAGGGAUAUUUCUGAAGGCGAUGUGAUCGACAUGCUUAUUAAAAUUUCUCAAGAUAACCCGAAAGACUUAGACAUACAACACAUAAAACACAUGUGUGUGGAUUUUUUUGUUGCUGGAACAGAAACAACCUCGAACACGUUAGAGUGGGCAAUGACGGAAUUAUUGCGACACCCGGAGUCGAUGGAGAAAGCAAAAAAUGAACUUAAGCGAGUUGUUGGUGUUGGGAAGCAAGUGGAAGAAUCAGAUAUUUCUGUAUUGCCAUUUUUGCAAGCUGUUAUAAAGGAAACUUUAAGAAUUCACCCACCAGUCCCAUUUUUUGUCCGCCAAGUUUGUACAGAAGUUGAUUUGCGUGGCUAUAUCGUCCCAAAGGGAGCGAACGUGUUGGUGAAUGUGUGGGCGAUAGGUCGAGACCGUGAUCACUGGGAAUAUCCCAUGGAAUUUAAACCGGAGAGGUUUCUUGAUUCCAAGAUUGAUGUUCGAGGUCAUGACUUUGAAUUGAUUCCUUUUGGAAGUGGACGGAGGGUUUGUGUCGGAUUAUCACUAGCGAUGAGAAUCCUUCCGACGGUGUUGGGCUCGUUGAUUAAUUUGUUUGAUUGGAAGAUUGAGGGCAAGGUUAAUCCGGAGAAUCUGGACAUUGAAGAAAAAUUUGGCUUCACUUUGCAAAGGGCUAACCCACUCCUAGUAGUUCCCAUUCCUAUAUAAAAAUAUUGGA